AUGUCCAACGCAGACAGCAAAGGACCGCUAUCGCUAGAGGAAAGAUGGCAGAUGUGCAAAAGUCUGGAUGACCACAAGGCCUCCCUCAUUGAGGACUUGUUUUCUCACAUUGCAGAGCUUUCCGACAAGCUCUCCGAGGUUAAGAUGGAGCUCAAGGAGAAGAAGAUGCUGGUACGGUCUUUGUUUGAUACCGAUGACAAGAGCAAAGAUCAGAUCGAAAAGCUGCAAAAUGAGAAAUUUCUGGGUGAUCUCAUCGAGCAAGGACUUGAGGGAGGCAAGAAAGCUGCAAGCCUUUUACGCCUCGCCGUUUUUGAAGAGCUAAAAGCGGUUGACCCCUGUCUUCCGCACCACCUGCAACUUGCCGUCCGCGUCUACGCCAACUUGAAGGGUCUGGCCAAGACUUACACCGAAAUGGGAAUUAUCCCAGAUCCGAGCGUUUUGGAUGAUUUCGUCCGAGGCUUCAACAUGUGGAACGCAAUGUGCGACUUUGUUGAUGCGGGUAAUGGCAAAGAGUGUACGGAUGAAAAAUUGAAGGCAAACUUCGAGUCCAGUGUGUCGGAUGUUCACUGUCGACACGUUUUGUUUGGUGGCUCGGCAGACAGUGGUUACGCUCGCCUGUUGGGAUCGCAUCUUGAUAACGAUGAGAUUCGCAAGAAGAUUGUACUUCUUGAGGGACCCCCAUUUGCGCAGGAGCUAGCCGAGAUCAAAGACCAGUUCCGCGUUGCUUCUUUCAAGAGGGUAUUCAGGCGUCAGAAACUAUUCAACAACAUCAAGCGCAAGGUUUCAUACAAUAUCACACCACCAUCAACCCCCUCGCCCAACUAUGCGUCAGCCGCUGCAAGAGCUCCAUCAGCUUUUGUUGGAGACCUGUCAGAUGACUUUGCCCACCUUGGGGCAGGUGCUUCAGAACAAGGCUGGACAACGAGUUGA